CCGCCGCAGCAGCAUCAAACGACACAGCAGAUCACGACCGUUACGAAGGUCGUGCGCGAGGUGAAGCAGUUGGGCGCGGAUGGAACAUCGUUCGACUAUGUAGCAAUGCCUCUGGACAUGGGAAGCGACGGUCAACCAAUCGACUACGUGUCGAUGCCGAUGGGUAUCUACACCACGCGGACGCAGUACUUAAACUACAACCACAUGGAUCAACCGGACCAGCCGAUGGGAGGCCCGGGGGUGGGCGGACAGUCACAAGCGCAACAUCUGCCACCCGGCGCCAAGGUGCUCGGCGCUGGUCCGGGUGGGGGUGGUGGUUCCGGUCACUAUCAGGACUACGAGCACUACGCACAGUACGCCGACGGCGGUGGCGUCGGUGGCGGCGGCUAUGACCUAGGGCAGGCGGGUCACCAUCAGCCGCAUCCACAGUCGUAUCUGGGCGAGUAUCCGAUGAACGAUCGCUCGAACACGCCACACAAUUCGAGCGAAAACAGUGACGCCUCCAUCCCGAUGCCGAUGGGCGUCGGGCCUUCGGCUGCUGCCGCCGCUGCCGCUAGUUUAAUGGCUGGGCCGGGAGGGUAUCUGCAGGGGCAAUACGACGAGAUGGGCGAGUACGUCAUAGCGCCGUCACCGGGCGGACCGGUCGACCGGCUCUAUCCGGACAAUCCGUCGGCCAUGGUGUACGGGUACGUGUCGACACCGCCGUACGGAACGCUCAGCUCCCACAUGGAUCCCCACAAUGGGGCGGUGGAACCGACGUACGCCACGAAACAGCAGCUAGCGUACGAGGCGGCUGCAGCCGCCGCCGUCGCUAGCGCGCAACAGCAACGCGGCGGCGGCGGUGGUGGUGGUGGCGGACCGAUGGUGGCUCCGGAUGGGUCGUGUUACUACGAUGGUGACGAAGACCUGCACCAGCAGAUGUCGAACCUGCAGAUACAUAAUCACGUGUUUCUCCAGCACAUCAUCACCUCGCCCGGUGGCAGUGGUCGAGCCGGGGUGAGUGGCGGAGCGAACGGAGACGGCAGUGGUAGUGUUGGCGGUGGCGGCAGUGGCAUGGGUAUGGUCGAUCUGGACGAACAGCAGCGACAGAUGAAGUGGCGCGACCCCAACCUCACCGAGGUGAUCGGUUUCCUCAGCCACCCGAACAACGCCAUCAAGGCGAACGCGGCCGCCUACCUGCAGCAUCUGUGCUACAUGGACGACCCGAACAAACAGCGGACCCGCACGCUCGGCGGCAUCCCGCCGCUGGUGAAGCUGCUCGGCCACGAGCAUACAGACGUGUUCCGGAAUGCGUGCGGUGCGCUGCGGAAUCUGUCGUACGGGCGGCAGAACGACGAAAACAAGCGUGCAAUUAACAAGGCGGGGGGCAUCCAGUCGCUGAUACAUCUGCUCCGCCGGACGGCCGAGUCGGACAUCAAGGAGCUGGUGACGGGCAUCAUCUGGAACAUGUCGUCGUGCGAGGAUCUGAAGCGCUUCAUCAUCGACGACGCGGUCGUCGUGAUCGUGUCGUACAUCAUCAUUCCGCACUCGGGCUGGGACCCGGCCAAUCCGGGCGAAACGUGCUGGAGCACCGUGUUCCGGAACGCGUCCGGCAUCCUGCGCAACGUCAGCUCGGCCGGCGAGUACGCGCGGAAGAAGCUGCGCGAGUGCGAGGGGCUCGUCGAUUCGCUGCUGUACGUCAUACGGAUAGCGAUAGAGAAGUCCAACAUCGGCAACAAGAUCGUCGAGAACUGUGUGUGCAUCCUGCGGAACCUCUCGUACCGGUGCCAGGAGGUGGAGGAUCCGAACUACGACAAAAAUCCCAUCCCCCACCACAGUUCGGCCGACGGCGGCAGUGUAGGAGGGAGCGGCGGUGGCAGUGCCAUCGUGAGUGCUGCGUCAUCAAAGGGCGAAAAUUUGGGUUGCUUUGGGGCGAGCAAAAAGAAAAAGGAACAGCAGGCCGCGGCAGCAGCGGCACAGCAGCAGCAGCAACAGCAGCAGCAACAGCUGGCCGCCGCCGACAAGGACCACUCGGCGGCGAACGGAGAUCCGGCGCGAAUGGCAUACAAAAACACUGCUCACUAUAAAGGAGCCGAACAGCUGUGGCAACCGGACGUUGUACAUUCUUAUCUUGCCUUACUGCAGAGCUGUUCGAAUCCGGAAACGCUCGAAGCGGCGGCCGGUGCCCUGCAGAACCUGGCCGCCUGCUACUGGCAGCCGAGCAUCGAGAUCCGGGCGACGGUGCGCAAGGAGAAGGGCCUGCCGAUCCUGGUGGAACUGCUGCGCAUGGAGGUGGACCGGGUGGUGUGUGCGGUGGCCACCGCACUCCGCAAUCUAGCAAUCGACCAAAGAAACAAGGAGCUGAUCGGGAAGUACGCGAUGCGCGACCUCGUGCAGAAGCUACCGUCGGGCAACCCGCAGUGUGAUCAGGGCACGUCGGACGACACGAUAGCAGCCGUACUGGCCACACUCAACGAGGUGAUCAAAAAGAAUGCCGAGUUUGCCCGGUCGCUGCUGGAUGCGGGUGGGGUCGAGCGGUUGAUGAACAUGUCGCGGCAAAAGCUUAAGUACACACCGCGCGUCCUCAAGUUCGCCAGCCAGCUGUUGUUCACGAUGUGGCAGCACCAGGAUCUGCGCGACGUGUACAAGAAGCACGGCUGGAAGGAACAGGACUUUGUGACGAAAACGAUUGCCUCGCGGAACCUCAAUAGCAGUAAUGGUGGUGGCAGCGGUGGUGGUGUCGGAGGCGGCAGUGGCGGUGGGGCCGGUGGUAGCUACAGCGAUAAUUCACCCAACUCGCCCAACAACACACUCAACCGUCCGAUGGCAUCGCAGAGCGGUACCAGAUACGAGGACCGCACCAUGAAGCGGCAGCAGGCCUCGUCGUCGGCCAACAAUGGCGGCCAGGCGAUGUCCUUACCACCCGGUGAUGGGACGAUUAAGAUGGGUAAGCUUCUGGGCGCCGCGCAGUGCCGGAUUGUUGUACAGCCAGAAGAUGAACGAACUCUCAAAUAUCCACACUGCGUCCGGAUAGCGCCAAUGGUGACCUCCUGUGAUGAUGACCCGAAGGUGCGGCCCGAGAGCCACGUAUCCACGGCGUGCUACAAAUAG